GAACCCAAAGAAGAAGAAGAAGAAGAAGAAGAAGAAGGGGGCGCGUGCAUUGUGGGACGUGAACUGAACCACAAUGGCGGCUGUGCAGCAAACACAGCAGACUCUCACAUGUUUGACAUGUUUACUCUCAGCGCUGCUGCUCCGGACGUGGCCGACCUUUGCCGAAGAAUUGACGUGGGAUGAAAACGGCUACGUGUUGUACUGCCCGUGCAUGGGUCGCUUUGGAAACCAGGCAGACCACUUCCUGGGAUCUCUGGCCUUUGCAAAGAUGUUGAACCGAACCCUGGCGGUCCCUCCCUGGAUAGUGUACCGACACAACACAGCCCCUUACACCAAUGUCCAUGUCCCCUACAGUGAAUUCUUCCAGCUGGAGGCCUUGUCUGCCUACCACCGCGUGCUCAGCCUGGAGGACUUCAUGGAGAAGCUGGCUCCUAAAUACUGGCCUGCAGGACAGAGGAAAGCUUACUGCUUUGAGACUGCAGCACAGCGGAGUGCAGACAAGAAAUCCUGCCCUAUGAAGGACGGGAACCCGUUUGGUCCAUUCUGGGACUAUGUGGGUGUGGAAUUUGACACGUCUGUCUUGUUUGGUGGUAUUUCUUUUGGUGCCUACCACCAACCUCAGUGGAUGAAGAAGUUCCCUCCCUCUGAGCACCCUGUCCUGGCACUGCCUGGGGCACCUGCCCAGUUCCCAGUGAUAGAGGAGCAUGUGGGCCUGCAGCGCUAUGUUGUGUGGUCAGACAAGAUGGUAAAGGAGGGAGAGGAGCACAUUGCUACCCUGCUGACCAGGCCAUAUGUUGGCAUUCACCUGAGGAUUGGCAUUGACUGGAAAAAUGCCUGCAAAAUGCUGAAAAGCGGUGACACAGGGCCUCACUUCAUGGCCUCUCCUCAGUGUGUUGGUUACAACCGUCAGUCAGCCUUGCCUCUCACCAUGACCAUGUGCCUUCCUGACCUGGCAGAGAUCCGCAGGGCUGUCAAGCUGUGGGUGAAGAAGACCUCUUCCCGCUCUGUCUACGUUGCCACUGACUCAGAAUCCCACAGUAGGGACAUUGAGAAGCUCUUCAAAGGAAAGGUCAAAGUGGUGACUCUUCAGCCAGACUCAGCCCAAAUGGACUUGUACAUAUUAGGUCGAGCUGACCACUUCAUCGGGAACUGUGUCUCGUCCUUUUCCGCAUUCGUCAAGAGAGAACGGGACAUCCAUGGACUUCCGUCGUCCUUUUUUGGCAUGGACAAGCCCGGGAAAUCAAAUCACAAAGAAGAGCUCUGAGGCACAGGAGGCACGUGGUCGUCCUCUGGGUGCUAAUGCCGGAUGACUGUCAUGAGGAGACGAGAGAGCAUGUCGAAGGCAGAAAACAUUGAAAUGUGACAUGAUGGUUCAUAGUGUGUAAUGGCCAGUCCUGUUUUUAGAAUGGGUUUUAAUAAGGGCUUAUAAGACAGGGUGCAGCAGGUCAGCAGUGUAAUGUCUUGAAAUGUUAUGACAUGGACACUGCUGCUGCCAAGAAACACUUUAUUUUUGUCUGUUCUCUGCUUGAAAUCCAGUAUUUGUAUGUUCUCAGCUUUUUUAUCUCUUUCUAUCUCUAUUAGCUGUUGCAGUAUACUGUAGCUGCAGCUAUGUUUAGUAAUUCAGACAUGUUGGAGUGACCUCAGUGAACCCAGGAAAGACUGACUGCAGCGUCAGCGAUCAUGUUCUCCCUCUCCGUUUUGCCCUCUUCUCUUUCUCUCCCUACCUUUCCAUCCCUCCACGUCUUCUCAGCUUGUUCUUUUCCUUUCCUCUGUGCCCUCCAUUCCAAGGAGAGCACAGUAACCGAUCCCUCCUGUACAUACUAAUUAUAGGGAGGAAGAUGGAGACAGUGUUUCCACAUCUCAAUUUACCAGGACCAAAAAAAAACUGAUGAAAUGUGUGGAGCCCUGUGCUCGGCGUGAGGAUAGUAUUGUUAUUCACUGAAUGUGGACUAAUGUUUCAGGGAUGUUUUGGGGGGAAACAGAGUUGAUUUGCACUGGUUUCAUUGAUGAAAUGAAAGUGGGGAUGUGUGAGCAGUGAAUGCAGUGAUCUUGAAGUCACGUGUUUUCUAUGAUUCUCCUCAAUAAAACGAUGCACACUCACUUUUUAAAGAAA